AAGAAUAUAUUUUUGGAGUUUGAGAAACAUUUUAUUGAGUUUGAGGCGUUUUUUUUAAUUUAGAAAAAAUGUGUUUGUGAACCAUUUUUUUGAGUUUCAAACAUAUUUUUAGUUUAAAACUUUUUUUGUGUGUUUAAGACAAUUUUUUUUGAGUUUGAGAAACAUUUCUUUUACUAAAAAAAUAUUUUGGAAUUUGAAAAAUGUCUGAGUUUUAACAUUUUUUUUUUAGUUUGAAACAUUUUUUUAGAGUUUGUGGAGUCUUGGCAGUAAUAUCACUCCAUACAUCCACCCCAAGUUGAAUCAUGUGAUCGGCAUUGGUAUCGGCCGAUCUCCCUCAUGGAUGAUCGCUAUCAGAAUGCUCAGCACAACAAAAAAGUCCGACUUCCCUAACAUUUAUUUAACAUCUCCCACUCAUGUGCAGCAGGGACUCGCACAAAUUCCUUGUCAGAAGUGGGCGGGGCUUGUGGCAGUCACAAGGUCCGAGCGCCUCCAGUGGACGUCCCACCUUGGCUCCCACUUGGCCUCCCCUUCCUUCUUCUCUCCCCCUCGCCGCCCUUCCCCCGUCCCGGCGGCCACUUCCACCCGAGUGGAUUCAUGCUCGGCACCUCGCCAUGCAGAACAACCACGCCAAGGAGCACCUGUACAAGAUCCUGGUCAUCGGGGACCUGGGGGUGGGCAAGACCAGCAUCAUCAAGCGCUACGUGCACCACAACUUCAGCCCCAACUACCGGGCCACCAUCGGGGUGGACUUUGCCCUCAAGGUGCUCAACCUGGACCAGGAGACCGUGCGCCUGCAGCUGUGGGACAUCGCAGGCCAGGAGCGGUUCGGCAACAUGACCCGGGUGUACUACCGCGAGGCCAUGGGCGCCUUCAUCGUGUUCGACGUGACGAGGCCCGCCUCCUUCGAGGCGGUCGCCAAGUGGAAGGAGGACUUGGACUCCAAGGUGACGCUAGGCAACGGCAAACACGUCGCCACCGUGCUGCUGGCCAACAAGUGCGACCAAGGCCGGGACGUCCUCACCAAUAACGGACUCAAGAUGGAGCAGUUCUGCCAGGACAACGGCUUUGUGGGCUGGUUUGAGACCUCCGCCAAGGUUCCGACUUGCCGGCCUCACCCCUUGCGUCCUGUCCCAGGAGAACAUCAACAUCGACGAGGCGGCCAACUGCCUGGUCAAGCACAUCAUUUCCAGCGAGAAGGACAUGUUUCAGUCCGAGGUCCCGGACACGGUCAGCCCUCAACUGGAGACGGAGCGAGGCGGGACCUGCUCCUCCUGCUUCAGGGCGCAGUGAGCGCCUUCUGCACUCGUGGAAGGAAGGAUGGAUGGAGGAGACAAGCUGCGUUACCACGGCGACGCAGGAACAUUCUGUGAACACUAAUACAAAUAUUAUUAUUAUUAUUACGCUGCAAUAUUUCUACACCCACAUUUUAUUUAUACAUGCAAUUAGUUAUAAAUGAUCUUAACAGUGUUUCACUUUCUUCCCUAAAUUGUUUUAUUGUUUUUUUUUUUUUUUACUGUAUUCAUUGUAAUAUUUGUAAUUAUCCAUCUAUCUCUACAAAUAUGUACAUAUUGUAUUCUACACAACCAAAGAUGUGUCCACUUAUCAACAUGAAUAAAGCAGAACUUUCCUUUACCGC